CACACACACACUCUCUCUCUCUCUCUCUCUCUCUCUCACACACACACACACACACACACACACACUCGUCUUUGAGCGCCUCGUCUCUCCUCGGAUCUCUGACUGACGGAGAAUCUUUCACUGGAGUAUAAACAUCGCACAUGAAGAGGGUUAAAGUCAUUAAUGAUGGAGAUUAUUGCUAAUGACCGACGCGUGAGCUGCUGGAUGAUUAAUGAACGCGCUGGAUUACGCGCGUCAGGACGCGUCGCGAUGCAUCAACGCGUUCACCAUUAGAACAGCUGGAGCUCAACGGGUGCAGCGCUGCAGUCAGUCUUCAGUAUGAGAGCGGCUCUGAACAUCAGUGUCGCUCUGGUUCUGUUUCCGAUCUUCAUGUGUCAUCAGACAACAAGGCAGAGCGGUUCUGAAGGAGCGGCGUGGAGGUCGUGGAGCUCGUGGGGUUCGUGGGGCGAGUGUUCGCGCUCCUGCGGCCGAGGAGUUCAGGAACAGACCAGAGUCUGUCUGACACAGUAUCCAGCGUCACAGAACACGCCGAACCCGAGACGCCUGAGCCCCGGCACGUACGGAUGGAGGCGAGCGAACAGUAGCCGCAUCAGUCCAGGGACGUACGGAUACAGAACGAUGCUGUAUUCAACGCCUCUUCAGAAAGAAUCCAGCCGAACGGCACACAAACAGAGACGAUCAGCAUCAAACGUCCCACACCGGAGCUACAGGACUCAUCAGAGAAGCCCGUAUCAAAACACUCGCUCUCACACAGCCACCCAACACACCCGAGCGCUGAUGAACACCGCAGCCGUGCAGAGCCCAGCACCAAACCCCUGCCCUGGAGCCCCGAACCGGCACAAGAUCUGCUACAGCACGGCCUGUCCGUCACCCAGCAGACCAAUCAGAGAGCUGCAAUGCUCCGCCUUCAACACGCAGCUCUUCAUGGGACGAUUCUACCAGUGGGAACCUUUUAAUGAUGUUUCCAGCGAGCAGAGCUGUGAGCUCAACUGCCGCGCCGUCGGCUUCCGUUUCUACGUGCGUCAGGCGGACAGAGUCAUGGACGGCACUCCAUGUGGACAGAACCAGACGUCUGUGUGUGUGGCAGGACACUGUCAGCUGACGGAGAUCAGUCGACAAAUCCAGAGCUUUAAGAUCUCUUCCUCGGGUAACGAGGAGGAUCUGUGA